UGUGAGCAAACGUUCGGCCGGAAAGCACGAACGAGUGACUUGUGUAAUACAUUGUUAACGUUGCAGUAGUGACGUAUUUAACUAGUUGAUACCAACUAACUUACGUGACAAUGGCUCGUCGUUAUGAUUCACGCACCACGAUCUUUAGUCCGGAGGGGCGACUCUACCAGGUCGAGUAUGCCAUGGAAGCAAUUGGCCACGCAGGCACCUGCUUGGGUAUCCUGGCGACUGAUGGUAUCGUUUUGGCUGGAGAAAGGCGAAAUACGAACAAACUCCUCGAUGAGGUGUUUACCGCUGAAAAAAUCUACAAACUACAUGAUGACAUGGCGUGCAGCGUUGCCGGAAUUACCUCCGAUGCUAACGUGCUCACAAAUGAGUUGCGCCUAAUCGCUCAGAGGUAUCUUAUCCAAUAUGGGGAGUCUAUCCCGUGCGAACGCUUAGUGUCGUGGCUCUGUGAUUUGAAACAAGCGUACACACAGUACGGCGGAAAGAGACCAUUCGGUGUAUCCCUUCUCUAUAUGGGCUGGGAUAAACAUUACGGUUACCAGCUGUACCAGUCAGAUCCAUCUGGAAAUUACUCGGGUUGGAAGGCCACAUGUAUUGGGAAUAACUCAUCAGCCGCAAUGUCAGUCCUCAAGCAGGAGUAUAAGGAGAAUGAAACGAGCUUAGGGCAGGCGCUCGCUUUGGCAGUUAAGGUUUUGGCCAAGACAUUGGAUAUGACAAAGUUGACAUCGGAUAAGCUUGAAAUCGCCACCUUGAGAAGGAUUGAUAACAAAACGCGAAUUACUAUUCUACGGGCAACAGAGGUCCAAAAGCUCCUGAAGGCUCAUGAAGAAGAGGAAGCCAGAUUAGAGGCUGAGAAGAAGGAUAAGGAGCGACAAGCCAAGGAACAGGCUGCGGCUUCCGCGAAGUAGCCGCUACUAUAUGCGACGUCUUAACACCUCAAGAUGCUAAAAACACCAACAUCAUUUACAUCCCUAUCAGCUAGUGAGCCACGCGAAAACAGCCUAAGCGCCCAGGCACCUGACGAUUAGAGAGAAUCAAACAGUCUUGGCUGUCUCAAUUUCCAAAACUAGAUGUUUGAAAUGAAUUAUUGACUGGCAAAUAACAUUUUCCUUUACACUAUAAGUGUAUACGUAAUUACGUUGACAUUUACAUAAGCGUUGAAGCUAUCUCAAUUCGGUUAAAUGCAUGUGUUUUUUGUAACUGAUUGAGAGGAAUGGCACUUCAUUGGCUUAUCAUACAUACGACGGGUGCCUACACGGGUAGGAGAAUGCGAGCCGCAGUGUGAGUGGAAAUAUAUAUAAAUGAGGUGGAUCCUAAUGGAUGCUACUGUAUGGGAAGCGAAAAGGUGUUGUUUAAUAAAAUAAAAAAUAGAGCCCUCAGAAGCAGCAGUGCUUUUAUAUUUAUUCA